GUUCAAUUUAUUUGUGUUUUAAAAGAAAUGGUCGUCUUUUAGGGAUAACUGAAUUAUUCGAGUAUCUCCACUUGAAAUAUGGUGAUAUAUUUGAAAUAUGGUUUAGUAGUGAACGAACCAUUGUUUUAUCCCAUCCAAAGUAUAUGGUUAAAAUGCAUCAAGCAUCUACUAAAAGUAAAUAUACUAAAAGAUUUUCAAAUGGUCAUGGUAAAGAAUAUGGUUUAGUUGAUAAUGGAGUAUUUAAUAAUAGCGAUAUUCAUG